AUGGGAAACACAAAAAGCGAGAUAGUUUAUUCUGUUCCUAUCAGUGAUAAAGUUCCUGGGGAAUCUUGCAUUUACAGGCAUCCUUUGUGCACAGAUAGUUUAGUUAUUACACCACAUUAUGAAAUAUAAACUAUGCAAGAUGCUAUUUUGAAAACAUUCACACGAUUUGAACAUAGGCAAUGUCUAGGUACGAGAUUAUUACCUAAUCCUUCAGGAUUAUUAUCAACUUAAGGAUUUAAUUCAAAUGCAAAUGGAUAGGAGAUCAUUAGAAACUCUUCGCAAGCUGUACUUAAACAGAAUCAAGUCAAUUCUAUGUAUUAACAAUCGAUAGAUGAUUUAAAUUGUUGUGGUGGAGGAGGUUACAUGGUAACUAAUCAAACAAAUAUUGAAUUAAAUAUAGCUAAUCCAUCUAAUAACUAACAAAAGACUAAUCCUACUCAAGCUAAUUAAUAAUAUUUUAGUGUUUCUAGAAAUAACGGUCUUUUAAAGACUUAAACAUAAGGCUAAUAUAAUGAUUAGAGUAAUAAUGAAAGUAACGCUAAUCUUAGCUUCUAAAAUAUUGUUUACCAGUAAGAUUUUGGUGGUGCUAAAACAGAAUAUGAAAGACAAAAAAGAAUACAAUAAAUAUAAUUGUCUACAAAUUUAUCUUUUACAGAGAAAUAAACUUUAAUUGAUAUUGAAAAUAAGAAAUUUGAGCUGCAAAAAGCUUCUAUAUUAACUAAUGGAAAGAGUAGUUUGAUGGGAGCUAAAUAAAUGGCAAAAGGAGGAGAAUAUUGUUGGAAAACAUACAAAGACCUUUUCAAUACAGUCAAAAAUUUAGCAACAGGAAUAAGGUCACUUUAGCUUACUGAAUAAAACGACGAGCAAGAAAAAUAAACUCUAGACUUAGUUGGUAUUUGGUCUAGAAGCAGAGAAGAAUGGGUUAUUGUUGAUUGUGCCAAUGUGUUGUACAAUAAUGUCACUGUUCCUAUACCUGAGUAGAUACAUGCAUCAGAUUUAUCAUUUAUCCUCGAGGAUACACAGCUAUCUUCAAUUUUUUGUGGUAGAAAUGAACUUGAAAGACUGUAUAGAAUGAUUAGAAGCUCUUAGAAAGCAUAAGUUGUAAUGUCACUUGGAAAUCUUUAAAAUAUAAUUUGCUUUGAUGAGUUUAUACCAUCAAUUUUGCAAAAAUUUUUCACAGAUUAAAUUGGAAUUAAUGUAAUUACACUUAAAUUUGUUAUAGAUAAAGGAGCUCAAUUACCAACUAUUCCAUUUCCUAAGAUAUCACCUGAUAACAUUUAAUCAUUUUGCUAUACAACAAGACAAGAUAAUGGUAAGCCUAUAGCAGCAAUGCUUAGCCAUAGGAAUUUUGUUAGCUUUUUAGCAAGUGUUUGGAAUAUUUCUCAUUUAAAACCUUAAUAAGAUGAUGUUUAUUUAAGUUAUCUUCCCCUAAGCCAUAUAUAUGAAAAAGUAUCAAUUUAUGCUGCUCUAUAUGCAGGAGCAUCAAUAGGAUUUUAUAGCGGAGAAAUUUCUACAUUAAUUGAUGACAUGUUUAUACUUCGUCCCACUAUAUUUUGCUCUGUUCCUUCAUUUUAUAAUAAACUCUACCAGACUAUAUAGGAUAAAUACUUUAAGAAGACGGAGGGUGUUGAAAGAUGGAUAAACGAAAAAGCCUUAGAAUAAAAGCUGUAAGCUCAUAGAUAAUCUCCAACAGCUGAUGUCAAGCAUACAUUUUAUGAUAAUAUCAUUUUUAAGAGUUUUAGAAAUUCCCUUGGAGGACGCCUUAGGUUAGCAUUUUCAUCUUCUGCCCCUUUGUUUUCGCAUGUCCACCAAACACUGAAACUUGUUUAUGGAGUUCCUAUAAUAUAAGCAUAUGGAUGCACUUAAUCUACUGGUUUAGCUUUUAUAACAAAUGCCUUAGAUUCAUCAGAAGGUCAUGUUGGAGGUCCAACUCUGAACACAGAAUUCAAAAUAAUUGAUGUUAUUGAAUUGGGAUAUACAAAUGACGACAUAGAUGAAACAGGUUAAAAAAUAAUACGUGGUGAGCUUUGCCUUAGAGGACCUGGUAUAUUUGAAGGUUAUUUUAGAGAAUAAGAAUAAACAUCAAAAGAAAUCGAUAAAAAUGGUUGGCUCCAUACUGGGGAUAUUGUUCAGCUUUUACCUAACGGAUCAAUAAAGAUAAUAGACAAUAGGAAGAAUAUUUUUAAGAUGCCUCAAGGAGAAUAUGUAAGUCCAGAAAAAUUGGAGAGAAUAUAUUAGCAAGUGAAUUCCAUAACAGAUAUCUGUAUAUAUGGUUCACCAAUUUAGAAAUAUUUAGUAGCAGUGGUAGUUCCUAAAAAAGAUCUUGUGGAUUUGAUAGCUAAAGAAUAUGGUCUUCCAACAUCUUCUUAUAUUUAAAACUGUAGGCACCCUUAAGUAAAAGUAGAUAUUAUUUCAGAUAUACAAAAAUUAGCUCAAAAGCAAAAGCUCUUUUCGUAUGAAAUCGUUCAAAAGAUUCAUAUUGAAACUACACCCUUCUCAAUUCUUGGCUUAGUUACUCCUAGUAAUCAACUUAAAAGAUAACAAGCAUAUAAAUUAUUUAAAUAAGGGAUAGACAGUCUAUAUGAAUUUGACAGUUGA